GCGCGCGAGGCGUGUCUUUUGGCGUGCAGGUGAGCGCGGACGGCAGUAAACGGGUAAACGCAAAUUGGGAGAUCGUUAGGAGGUGAACCUCGGCAAGGAAAAUGCAGGCGGACGACAAGUGCAUUCCGCAGCAGAAACAGCGGGGUAUUUCAACGCCGGACAGAUCGCAGCAGAGCGUGCCGGACGGAUGGCCGUUCAGGAAGGCAAAGGACUGGCUCGAUGCGCAAAACGCUGUGAAGGUCGAUUUCGACCCGAUCGCCGAAGACUACCAUAUGAAGCAUGAAAGACGAGGAGUGGCGCUUAUCCUGAACCACGUUCACUUCGAGGAAAUGGCCACGAGAAAGGGCUCCAUAAAGGACACUCUGGAUCUCAAGGCAUCGUUAGACAGGCUCGGGUUCGACGUUCGAAUUUAUAGCGAUCCGACAAUCAAAACUAUAACCACGGUCUUGGAAUCGACCGCUGCGGAAGACCACACGGAUGCCGACUGCCUGAUCGUGGUCGCAAUGUCACACGGCGAAUCGGGUCUAUUGCAUUCGACCGACAGUCUGUAUCCAGUCGAAAUGCUGUGGACUCCCUUUACGGGCGAUCGAUGCUCCAGCCUGGUCGGGAAACCGAAGUUGUUCUUCAUUCAGGCAUGCCGUGGGGUGCGACUGGACAAAGGGGUGAAAAUUAUUCAUGAGACAGAUAGUAAGGGAACUACAUACAGUAUACCCGCCUAUGCAGAUAUCAUGGUCGCGUACUCUACUUACGACGGUUUUUACUCGUGGCGCAAUCCGGACUCGGGUUCCUGGUUCAUACAGGCACUCUGCGAGGAGCUGGACCUUCACGGGCGCAGCCGCGAUCUACUCACUCUAAUGACCUUCGUUAAUCGCCGUGUCGCUAUUGAAUAUCAUUCCUAUGUGCCGGAUAAUGAGAAAUUCCACGCGAAAAAGCAGAUCCCGUCGAUUGUCUCGAUGUUGACUCGACUUGUGUACUUCCCCGACAAGCAUACAUCAACGCCGGACGAUAUGGAUGACGAAUCGAAGGAAGCGGAAGCCGAGGUCUGCGAAAAAGUAGCCUAAGAGUGGCACAACAUUCGUUCUCACACGGACUUACAAUGAUGGCUUUUCGACAAAAACCGACAGAUUGAUUCUAGCCGAGUUGUUUUGAUACAUUGAACUUCUUGAGAAGUGAUUAUCGACCGGCGCGACUCAUCGAACACAUUUGAAUUGUUGUGAUUGAGUUGGGCAUGUAGAAUUUAAGAACGUAGUCGAAGCAAACGAAAGAAAGAAAAAGAAAAAUAUAUUGUUAAAUGUAGACGAAUAUUUUCUGUUACUUCAUUAAAAAAGGAAAUAAAAGUGGUCCUCUCAAAUAUUUCAGAGAUCUACUGCAAUUAAAAAUGUAAUUAAAUACUUUUAAUUGAAAUGAUCGUAUGUAUAUAAUUCAUGUAGACAAUU